UUGAAAUUCCGUAGUGUAACGUCGAGCCAGAAAACGAAAUUGUUUAUUACAGUAGCUAUAGUUGCGUUGAAUAUUUAAUCUGAGAAAACAAAACUGCUCGUUAUAUCCGUAGAAUUUACUUGCGGGUUAUACUGUCUAUUGUGCGCACUGUGCAUUUACAGUUUAACGUUUCCAAAAGGUAUAAAUAAGUCUUUAGGAAUUUUAAUAAUUUUCAUAAGUGUUCCCUAAUAUAAUUUGUAGGAUUGCUGUCAGUUGCUGAUUUACAGAUUACAGGUUUACAUUUGAACGUAUUUGUGUUGAAACGAAAUUCAGCAUAAAAUAAUUUUAGCUGAUAAUAUUAACCUGUCACUGCCUAAUUGAAUAUUCAGCGCGAAGAGAGGCAAGAAACAGGAGAGAAAAGCGUUGCGAAUCGUCGUCGUUGAGCUACGAAUGCCACACUAUGUCUUUCAGCCUAGCUACCAAGCAAACCGCCAUGGUUUGUAUUUUAUUUUUCGUCUUCUUAACCCUGGCCGCAGAAGGGAAUAUGCUUGUACGUGCAUGCCCCCAACAAGGGGGGGCUUGUGACUGCAACUCCGUUACAAGAUCUGUGACGUGUACAAGGCUGGGAAGCUUGACGCGACGACUUCCGCUUGGGAUCCCAGCCAACACCAAAGUGCUAACAGUUAAUCAUUCCACUCUAUCGAGACUAGGACCAACAGCUUUUAGGAAUUGCUAUCAACUUGAAGUCGUAGAUUUAAGCGACAAUCGACUUGAAGAUAUUUCGCAACUUGCGUUUCAGAGUCUGGGUCGCUUGAGGUCGCUAAAUCUAUCCGACAACAGACUCCGGGUUGUGACUGAAGAUACAUUCCUUCACUUGAAACGGUUGGAAUUUCUUGAUCUUUCGCGGAACCGUUUAAUCGUCCUAACCCCAGAUAAUUUUAAAAAUCUACACAACCUAAAAGAGUUGAAGCUCUCCAACAACCCCACCAUGUGUAUUGCACCAAGCGCUUUCUGGGGGAUGAAGAAACUCCAAGUGUUAGAGAUGUCAGACAUGAUCGCCACUUUAGAUGAAGGACUGUUUAAGGAUUUAGAAAGGUUGCAGAGACUUGUUCUCCGGUCGUUCAGCCAGGUGACAAAGAUACCCGCCAACUUACUACAGAACAACAGAAUGUUAUGCGAUCUGAGAAUCGAAAACUUUUCAAAGCUUGGCAGUCAUGGAAUUCCGAAGACCCUGCUGACUGGUUUGAGCCGUUUGCAAACAUUGUCACUAAAGGCUUGCAGUUUGGAUAAUAUCCCAAACCAGCUGUUGGAUAGAGUACAAAGAAGUAUUGUAGAGCUGGAUCUAUCUCACAACCUUAUUAAGAAAGUGAAGGAAUUAGAUUUUAAGAAUCUUUACUAUUUAAAGACACUGAACCUCAGAAGAACAGGGUUGACUUUAAUAGAGUCUGGUGCAUUAAAUCUUUCCAACUUGGUGAACAUCGAUUUGUACGGAAAUAACCUCAGUGUUAUGACUGAAUCGGUAUUUGGAGAUUCCAUGAAAACUUUACGUAACGUGUCUCUUGCAAACAACCCCUGGGUCUGCGAUUGUCGCUUGAGAUGGAUUAUCCGAAGCAACUUCGUCACUACAACCGACCGCCCAGUAGUAUGUGUACAACCACCUUGGAUGCAAGGGUAUAACAUAAGGAGUCCAGUAGAUCAUUCGACUCUACGCGUCGACUCCUUCUCAUGCAAGGGAGCAAACAUUACCGAAUUCGGUAUUGGAAAAUCCAGAGAAACGUCUUUGUCUCUCGGGUCGUCCAUGGCCCCAGUAACGAUAAAGGUGGUUUGCAAGUCAGAUGGUUUUCCCAAACCUAAAGUGCGUUGGGUGCUCCCAUAUACCACUGCAUUGAAUGAUGGGGUAACACCUGAGCGAAACUCCGUCAAUUUGGAAAAGAGCAAGCGCGAGAGAAUGAAUUAUAGAAACUCUUGUUUUCUGUGCGACGUUUCCGCUAAACAUCCAACCGUUGACAUAAAAGUUUCUAAAGACGGCUCUCUGCAUCUACACAUGGUGACUCCACAGCAAGCUACCGGGGUGUACACUUGCAGGUCGUCGAAUCAGUUCGGGGGUUCGGAAAUGUCGUUCGUGAUAACAAGACAGAAGGAUGGGACAACGGCAAUGAAACGAAUGCAAACGAACAGACCAGGGGGAGGUCCUGGGAUGUGGGAGGGCACAGGAAGACUUCUUGGGAGUAAAUCUAUGUCUAGUACUGGGAUUUCAUACUCUGAUAACAGAAUAUUCAGCAAUAAAGAAUUCCCUACGAUUCCCUUGCUAUCAAAAGUAAAGGAAUCCGAAAAAGACGAAUCACCUCGUUGCCGUUCAUUACUGGGCAGUCGUCAGUGUGAAACGUUAAGUGGAAAGGAAUUAAGAUACUACGAUUAUAACGACUUUUUCUCUGACACUGAAAUGACCGAUAGCGGCAACGGGAACAGCAUGCAGCCAAGCUCAUCCAAAGCUGAGAACGUUCCGUCGGUGCUUUCGGUUCAAAAUAGCGAACGGAACGGUGGCGAAUUUCACAGAGUGGGUGUUUUAACUUUUGCCAAAUUGUUGUUUUGUUUGCUGGCAGCUAUGGCUGCUGUUGUAUAGAUAAGGGAAUGAAACAUGCGUCUCCAUGUUGGGGGUUUGAGUGGUGUAGAGAGAAAAAGGCAAGCAGUUGCUGGCCCGAAUAUGAAUUCCGAGGAGACAGGUCGUUACACGAAUUAUUGCCGUACGUUUUUUUUAUGUUUUUAUUUGUAUUAGACGUGUAGCUAUUCAGUGUUGAAUUUUUAAUAAAACCUUAUUUUGAUUCUA